AUGGAGCGCGAGUACGAAUUCUUUGUCACGACGAAUAAGCCAUAUAACCCAGCUGGUGCGGAACGAUGCAUGAUCCGGCGGCUGGUGAUGCGCAAUCACUUCGAUAUGAAGAUUGCUGGACCGCAGAUUAACCCGUCUCAACACUCUUCGAUCAGCACAGCCAUGGCGAAGAAGAAGCUUAAGAACCGGUUCCGGAUAUCCGAGCCUCGAAUCAAGAAAGAAAAGACCAAUAGCAGAGAGAGGGAGAAUGUACAGAGAUCAAAAGAGAAGGGUGCAGCAAGGCCGAAAGAUCUGCGAGGCAGGUCGGGACCAACGACAUCUUCGAAAGCUGGGGAAGAUGGCAAAGACAAGACAGAAAACACGGUUGAAACACUAGAAGCAAUGUCAGUGCUGGAGUGCGGCCUGGAUAAUGAUCGGAUAGAUCUUUUCAAAGCUUUACCCAUACCUGAAACUCCAGAGCUGGACAAAAGUGCACCCAAGAAUAAUGCAGUCGCCAUCGAUGCCCAGCACACGUGGCAGUCACUCAUCUCGAAUGAUGCUGGUUUGCUGCACGCGACUCUGGCAAGCUGGGCACUAUACGGCAUGCUGGCCAAUGAACUCACUAGCUUGAGAGUUUGCAAACUCAAGCACAAAAAUGAAGCGAUCAAGGCCGUCAACUGCAAGCUUGCGACAUCAGGGGGAUAUAUAUCUGAUGAGGUGGUCGGCACUGUGUUGACUUUGGCAAAUCUGGAGGUAUGA